AUGGCCGACAGCCACGGCCUCACGGCGCUGCACCUCGGGCUGCUGUGCGGUCAGGAGGAGUGCGUCCAGUGUCUGCUGGAGCAGGAGGCCUCCGUUUUAAUUGGCGACUCCCGGGGUCGCACCGCCAUCCACCUGGCCGCCGCCCGAGGCCACGCCUCCUGGCUCGGCGAGCUGCUGAGCAUCGCCUGCUCCGAGUCUCCGUCUCUGCCGCCUCUGAGGGACCACAGCGGGUACACGCCGCUGCACUGGGCCUGCUACUACGGCCACGACGGCUGCGUGGAGGUCCUGCUGGAGCAGCGAGGCUGCCGCUGCAUCGACGGGAACCCCUUCACGCCUCUGCACUGCGCCGUGUUGAACGACCACGAGCCGUGCGCGACGCUGCUGCUCGAGGCCAUGGGCCCCGACAUCGCCGGCUGCAGAGAUGCCAAGGGCAGGACUCCUCUUCACGCGGCGGCGUUUGCGGGUCACGUGGACUGCAUCCAGCUGCUCCUUUCCCACGAUGCACCUGUGGACGCUGCAGACCAGUCCGGCCACACCGCGCUGAUGAUGGCCGCCGAGAAGGGCCGAGCCGAGGCUCUCGAGGUUCUGUUGACCAACUCCAGCAGCAACCUGAGUCUGGCAGACAAAGACGGCAACACGGCUCUGCACCUGGCCUGCUUCAACGGCGGCAGCAGUGAGCUCGGCUGCAGCUCCUCGGAUGAUGCUCCGCGACGCUUCGCCUCCACUUCUGCAUCAGAAAGGAGGAGAGAAGCCGCCACUUCCUGUGUGCUCUGCGUUCCGCUGACUGCAGCCUGCUUUCCGAGUCCGCACCGGGGAGAACCGAAGCUCCCGGUGGUGGCUGAGGGCUCCGACUCCGCCGCAGAUAGCGCCAGUGGAGCGGGGCUGAUGGCCGCGGAGCUCGGCCCGGCCUUCAUCGUCACCGCCGGUACCAGCACAGAGCUGUGA